AAGGGAGGGGGUUUUUGGCCGCCGAGAGGGAGGAGAGAUAUAUCGCAACGUCUGCUUCUGGUGAGAAGAGAGACGGCGCACGAUUGUGUGCGCGCGUGAGAGGGAGAGUGAGAACGGGAAAUAGGGGGGAGUUUUUAUUCAGUGGGAGAGGGUGCGGAGGAAGAGGAGGAGGAGGAAAGAUGAGCGGGGGCGGAGGGGGGAGUAGGGUUAACGGGGCGGCAGCCGGCUUGAUCCCGGCGAUGUCGAGGAAGCUGGUGCAGAGCGUGAAGGAGAUCGUGAACUGCCCGGAUCCGGAGAUCUACUCGAUGCUCAAGGAGUGCAACAUGGACCCCAACGAGGCCGUCCACAGACUCCUCUCCCAAGAUACUUUUCAUGAGGUGAAGAGCAAACGUGACAAGAAAAAAGAGAUCAAAGAAACUCCAGAAUCCAGGUCUCGAGCAGUGAAUAAUUCAGGCCGUGGAGCUAGGGGUGGAACUGACCGCGCGGGACGUAAUAGUUCUAUCCAAUCCAGUUCAAGUGAUUAUGGAGCUGCUCGCGGCAAACCUGCAAACAAGAAAGAAAAUGGGACUCCUAGUGUUCCUACCUCAUCAAUCUUGGGAUCUGGCACAGUAGCAAGUAAUCCUAAUCGAAGGCCAACGAUUCCAAGUGAUUCUGCUUCAAUGGAAAAUACAAUGCAAGCAACAGGUCUAUCUGAUGGAAUUCCUACACCCUCACAAACUUCAUCUGGAUUCCAACAUAAUUGGUUGGGGAAGCCAGGUCAUGUUUCAAUGGCUGAUAUUGUGAAGAUGGGCAGACCAUUAGGCAAACCUUCUAGUGCACCUAUUGCAGCAAGUGACAAGUCCUCCACAUCCCAAAAUGAUGCUGUGUCACACAUUUCCCACUACAUUGUGAAGCAAUCUCCAACCACAGUUCUGCCAUCAGAAUCACAUCAGAAAGUACACUCUUCUCAAAAUACUGUUUCACAGGUUGCAGAGACUAGUCAUGAUGUUGGUAUUGCUGAUGACCAGCAUACUUCUCAUGAGGAUUGGACUCUAGUUGAUGAGCCACCUGCAGGAAGCGGGUCAACCGUGCCAGAAACAUCUGAAACCUCUGCUGUUUAUACUGGGUCAUCACCCUCAUCGGCAUUGCUUGAUGAUGGAAUUAAUGCGCACAUAAAUCCUCAUUUAGAUGAGAUUGAAGUAUUAGAGGGAAAUGUUAACAGUGGGGGUCUGCCAGCAGAAUCCAUUAGAUCAACAGGUGUCUCUGACAGACAUGUACAACUGGAUAAUUCUGGAGAGAGUUCACAGUUGAAUGAUGGCUUAUUGAAGAACAUGAAUUCCUUCCAGUCUCAGAGGCAUGCAUGUGAGCAUGAUGAAGUUGAGGAUGUCAGUGCAGAAAUUGCAUCAACUGCUGCAAACCUACAGCAGCUAGGUCUACACAUGGAGGAGCGAGGCACAAAAUCUGCUGAGGACAACCCUGCUGUAAUUAUUCCUGAUCAUCUACAGGUUACAAAUUCAGAUUGCGUGCAUUUGAGCUUUGGUAGUUUUGGAUCCGGUGCAUUUUCUGGAUCUUUUGCAUCGAAGACCCUGAAAAGUAACUUGGAGGUGGCCCCAGUUGCAGAUGCUGCUACUUCAAUUGAUCAACUGGAUGCUAGAAAUCAUGAGUACUACAACAAUGAGCAGCUAAAGCCUCCAUCAAAUGAAGAUGUAGCUUCUAGAAGUGGCACAAACACAGGUAAUCUUGAUAUGCCUUCAGCUUCACAACCUGAGGUCAUCACAAAUGAUGCAUUAGAUGCUACACAUGGGCUCCAAUACAACUUUCCAUCUGUCUCGAGUUACGCACUCUCUAGCACCACGCAGCCAAAUGCUGCAGCUUAUACCUAUCCACAAGGAAAUACGCAAAUGCAGAAUCUAAAUACGCAAAUGCAGAAUCUUUCGCCUUUCUCAAGUCUAAUGCAACCAAAUUCUCUACCAAGCAGUAUAUUGGCACCAAGCGGUCCGCCCCUCCGAGAUUUUGACCUUCCAUUCUCUCCCUUGCUCGCCACCCAAUCAAUGCCUACGAAAUACAGUACAGCAGUGUCUUCUAUCAGUGGGCCGACUGUUUCCAUGCCGGAGGCUGUUAAGCAAGGCGUUCUCUCCAACCCCCAGUCAACCCCGCAAACCUUGUCAAGCAGCACUGUCCCUACGGGACCUGUACUCCCUCAACAUUUACCUGUCCACCAUUACGCUCAACCAACUCUUCCUUUAGGUCAUUUUGCCAACAUGAUCAGCUACCAAUUUCUGCCUCAGAGCUAUACAUACCUGCCUUCUGCUGCAUUCCAACAACCUUACACGGGCAAUGGUCCCUUCCAUCAAUCUCCAGCUGCAGUACCUGGUGCAGGCAUAAAGUAUACACUACCGCAAUACAAAAGCAGCGUUUCUAUGACCAGCUUACCCCAGUCUGCUGCUGUUGUCUCCGGUUAUGGAGGCUUUGGAAGCUCAACUAACAUUCCUGGAAGCUUCACUCGUAAUCCUACCAGUGCCUCGGCCAGCACAACCAUCGGAUUUGAUGAAUCUCUAAGCUCUCAGUACAAAGAAGCGAAUCAUUACAUGCCACUUCAGCAGACUGAUAACCCUGCCAUGUGGGUUCACGGAGCUGGUUCCAGAACAAUGUCAGCUCUUCCAGCCAGCACUUUCUACAACUUUCAGGGGCAAAGUCAGCAUAGCGGGUUUCGACAGGGUCAGCAGCCGUCACAGUUUGGAGCUCCGGGUUACCCAAAUUUCUAUCAUUCACAAGCAGGAGUCUCCCAAGAACAUCAGCAAAAUCCAGGCGAAGGAAAUCUGAAUGGAUCCCAGGCCACACCAUCCCAGCCAUCACACCAGAUCUGGCAGCACAGUUACUGAGCCAUCGCUCAUCUCUCUUGGUCUGUCGGAGUCUCUGGAAGACAUGCCUUCACAGGGCUCUAUACAGUUUGAUCUCAUGUAUUCAUGUUGAGCGUUGGGGUCUGAUCCAAUGUACGUAGCUGCGAAGAAUCACCCAAUUGGCUGCUGUCUGGAGCCUUGAAAGGUUGAGUGCGUUUUAACUUAUAGCCACGUGGAACUAAUUUGAGCGGUGUCCUCUUCAUUCUGAUAAAACUCAUUGUCUGCAAACUUAAUGUAACAAUGAACUCAAGAUAUCUGACAAGAGGCGUACUCUAUUUCUCUGGAAACCUAGAUGUUUGAUAACCCUGCAAAAUUUGAGCUCUUGCCCAGCAGAAAGUAUCACUCUGCCCGGAGUUGAUUAUUGCCUCUUAGGUGGCCUUUGGUGACACAAAUGUGAUCUUAUAUUAUUGGUGA